UGCCCGAAGAAUUGGACGUUCUGAUUACGUGGCGGCAUAUUAUUGGUCGGUGUAGGAUGUCGUUGCCCUCCUCUCCCUCAAGGCUCUGAUCACCAAUGGAACGCCUCGGGGACGAGUGACUCCCAUUGCUGUAACCCCGAUCCAGUAAACUGUGGAGCAACGAAGCCACCCGAUCCAUGUCGGACGACGAAGGAGGCGGCGGGAGACGAGAAGAGAAUAAAGAGGUGGCGGAGGAGAGUCGGGAUUGGUCGGAGCUGACGCCGGUUUGCUUGGCUAACGUGUUCCGCAGGCUCACCCUGGAGGACCGGUGGAGGGGGGCGAUGCUGGUGUGCCGUGCGUGGCUGGACACCGCCCACGACCCCUUCCUCUUCGAAUCCUUCGACCUCGAGCCCGCCUUCGACGCCGCCGGCGCCGGCCGCCCCGACAUCGCCGCCUGGUGGACACCGGCCUUCCGCCGUCGCGUCGAUUCCAUGCUUCAUUUCGCUGCCGACUGCGCCGCCGGGUCACUCAGGGAGGUCCGCGUCCGCAGUUGCUCCGACGACGCCCUCUCCUUCGCCGCCGAGAGGUCACCAAAUCUCCAGAUCCUUUCAGUAAGGAGUUCCCAGAAUGUAACUGAUCGAUCUAUGUUUAUGGUGGCAUCUUGCUGUCUGAUGCUUAGGGAAUUAGACAUAAGCAAUUGUUAUGAGAUUUCCUACAGGUCAUUUGAGGUGAUUGGACAAAAAUGCCCUAACCUGACAAUUCUCAAACGAAACCUGUUGAACUGGCUUGACCCCUCACAGCAUGCUGGGAUAGUUCCAGAUGAAUAUCUAAGAGCCUGCCCCCAAGAUGGAGACCAGGAGGCUGCAGCAAUUGCAAGAUUCAUGCCUAAGUUGAAGCAUCUUGAACUCCGCUUUUCCAAACUAUGCAUCCGAGGCCUUGUUUCAAUUUCAGAGGGAUGUGGAGAUUUGGAGGUAUUGGAUCUUUUUGGAUGUGCAAACUUGACAAGCAGAGGGGUAGAUCAAGCUUCCUCCAAUCUAAAGAAUCUGAAGAUACUGGUCAAGCCCAUCUUCUACAUUCCGAGAUCUGUGUUCCAUGCAGAAAGAUACGGGCACUGGAGAUUGUAUGAUGAAAGGUUCCAUACAAAUGUUUUUCAGAUCUGAUCGAUUGCUUUCCCUGAUCCUUGUGCUAGUGGCAUAUUUCUUAAAAUUGCUCUUUGCAUAAAAGGUUGCUGAAAACUAAUAUAGCUUCUGCCGUUGUAGCCUUUAUUGUAAUCAUCAAUGCUGAAGUUUGAACUUUAAUGUAUUUGAAUUGUGGGAGCUUUCUUUUAGUCCGAUAGUGCUUCAUCUUAUGCUCUGUUUCAUUCAAGCAAGUACCUGUCUUACAGAUUUUCUGUUUCCAAUCUAUUCAUUGAUUUCUUACAA